CUGAUGCAACCGCUAAUGGCGCUUUUCUUCGGGCAGAUGAUCAAUUCGUUCGGAGGAGGAUUGGAUUCGUCUAAUGUUCUGCAUGAAGUUUCAAAGGUUUCCCUCAAAUUAGUGUAUUUGGGCAUUGGCGGGGGAAUUGCUGGGCUUCUACAGAUGAUGUGUUGGAUGGUAACGGGAGAAAGACAGGCAGCUCGAAUAAGAGGGCUAUAUUUGAAAACGAUUUUAAGGCAAGAUAUUGAGUUCUUCGACACCGAAACCACGACAGGAGAGGUCAUUGGGAGGAUGUCAGGCGACACAAUUCUUAUUCAAGACGCCAUGGGAGAGAAGGUUGGAAAGUUCAUUCAGUGUAUAUCCACAUUUUUUGGAAGCUUUGUUCUUGCUUUCAUUCAAGGAUGGCGCCUCGCGAUAGUUUUGUCUUCGAGCCUUCCGGCUCUUGUCAUAGCAGGGGGAUGUGUGGCUGUGAUUAUGUCGAAGAUGGCAAGCCAGGGACAAGUUGCUUAUGCUGAAGCUGGAAGUGUAGUGGAACAGACAAUCGGAGCAAUUAGGACGGUUGCAUCCUACACCGGCGAGAAACAGGCCGCAGAAAAAUACGAUAGCAAGCUUAAGACAGCUUAUGCAGCUACUGUAAAACAAGGUCUAGCUUCAGGUGUGGGAAUUGGUGUGUUGCUGUUCAUAAUCUUUGCUACCUAUGGACUUGCUGUUUGGUAUGGAGCAAAAUUGAUAAUCCAUAAUGGCUAUAAGGGAGGGACUAUUAUCAGUGUUGUGAUGGCGAUUUUGAUCGGAGGAAUGUCACUCGGCCAAACAUCUCCGAGUUUGAAUGCAUUUGCAGCAGGACAAGCUGCAGCUUACAAGAUGAUCAAGACAAUCGAGCGCAAGCCAAAGAUCGAUUCGACCAAUACUAGCGGGAUGGUGCUGCAAGAUAUGAAAGGUGAGAUUGAUCUGAAAGAUGUACAUUUCAGUUAUCCGGUGCGGCCUGAAGUCAAGAUCUUCUCCGGGUUCACACUACAUGUCCCGUGCGGAAAGACUGUUGCGUUGGUUGGACAGAGCGGGAGUGGGAAGUCCACGGUGAUCAGCUUAGUCGAGAGAUUCUACGAUCCUGAUGCCGGAGAAGUACUAAUCGAUGGUGAAAAUUUAAAGAACUUGAGCCUUCCAUGGAUCAGAGGGAAGAUUGGACUUGUAAGCCAAGAACCUGUCCUGUUCACUACUACUCUAAAGGAAAACAUCUUAUACGGCAAAGAAAAUGCUACUGAUGAAGAAAUAAUGAACGCCAUCCGGCUUGCGAACGCUGCUAAAUUCAUCGACAAGCUGCCGAAGGGCCUUGACACCAUGGCUGGUGAACAUGGAGCUCAGCUAUCCGGUGGCCAGAAGCAGAGAAUCGCGAUUGCGCGAGCUAUUCUAAAGAAUCCAAAAAUACUUCUUCUCGAUGAAGCAACAAGUGCGUUGGAUGCAGAAUCAGAGCAUAUAGUGCAGGAAGCGCUCGACAAUGUUAUGACGAAUCGAACAACUGUUGUUGUUGCGCAUCGUUUGACAACUAUUAGGAAUGCAGAUCUUAUUGCGGUUGUACACUCUGGGAAAAUAGUAGAGCAAGGUACACAUUCUGAAUUGAUUGAAGUUCCUGAGGGAGCUUAUACACAGCUUGUUCGGAUGCAAGAAGUCGGAAAAGAGUCGAACACAGAUGAAGCAGAUGAAUUGCAGAGAGAAGAUUUAGAUAGGAAUUCAAUAAAUAGAAUUUCUUCUAUUGGAUCUAGAAGCCAAGGCUCAUCGAGGCGUUCGUCUAUUCCUGCUAAUGACAUUCCCGGUAAUCUCGACAUCCAUGAAGCUCAAACAACACCUGAUAGGAAUGCCAAGGCUGAAAAUGUCGCGAGAAAGCAGAAAAAGGUCUCUAUCAGACGGCUUGCAUACCUUAACAAGCCCGAGCUGCCAUAUGUGCUACUUGGAUGCGUUGGUUCUGUGGCACAUGGCGUAAUGUUCCCAAUUUUCGGGCUCUUGGUGUCUUCUGCAAUCAGAGUUUUCUUCGAACCGCCACACAAGUUAAGGAAAGACUCGGAAUUUUGGGGACUCAUGCUGUUCAUUUUAGCCUCAUCUCUUCUCUUGGCGAUUCCAUUACAGUAUUACUUCUUCGGAGUUGCUGGUGGUAAGUUGAUCGAAAGGGUUCGUUCACUGACGUUCAAAAAGGUCGUGCAUCAGGAGAUCAACUGGUUCGACGCUCCUGCAAACUCAAGUGGUGCAGUGGGUGCAAGAUUAAGUGUCGACGCAGCCAAUGUGCGAAGCAUGGUAGGCGAUGUGUGCGGAUUAAUCAUACAAAACACGGCGACAGUGCUAGCCGGCCUUAUCAUCGCCUUCACGGCUAACUGGUUGCUGACACUCAUUAUCUUGGGUGUCCUGCCCCUCAUCGGCUUGCAAGGUGUCACUCAGAUCAAGUUCUUCAACGGCUUCGCGGAGAAUGCUAAGAUCAAGUAUGAAGAGGCCAGCCAAGUAGCAAAUGAUGCUGUGAGCAGCAUAAGAACCGUGGCAUCGUUCAGCGCUGAGGACAAAGUAAUGAAAAUAUACGAGGAGAAAUGCGAAGCUCCGGUGAAGCAGGGCAUCAGGCUCGGAGUUAUCAGCGGCGCAGGAUUUGGCGCCGGUAAUUUAGCACUUUUCUUCACGCAGGCGUUCUGUUUUUACAUCGGAGCUGUUCUAAUCCGGCAUGGUAAAGCAUCCUUCGGAGAAGUAUUCAAAGUUUUCUAUGCCCUCACACUUACCGCCAUGGGCGUUUCCCAAGCAAUGGCGAAUGCUCCGGACAUGAACAAGGUUAGAGAAUCAGCAGCCUCCAUAUUAGCCAUGCUCGACAGCAAACCUACAAUCGAUUCCAGCAGCGAUCAAGGCUUAACGCUGAAUAGAAUCAACGGCGAAAUCGAGUUCCAGCAUGUUAGCUUCAGAUAUCCAACACGGCCUGAUGUUCAAAUCUUUCGCGACUUAUGCCUCAAAAUACCCUCCGGAAAGACGGUUGCUCUGGUGGGAGAGAGCGGAUGCGGGAAAUCAACGGUGAUAAGUCUAGUGGAACGAUUCUACGAUCCGGAUUCGGGGCGAGUACUUCUCGACCGCAUGGAGAUUCAGAAGCUGAAUCUCCGGUGGCUCCGGCAGCAGAUGGGGCUGGUGAGCCAAGAACCGGUGCUAUUCAACGACACGAUCAGGGCCAACAUUGCAUACGGCAAACAAGGAGAGGCAAGCGAGGAAGAGAUAAUCGAGGCUGCAAAAUCCGCAAAUGCUCACAGCUUCAUAUCAGCAAUGCCUCAAGGAUACGAGACAAAUGUGGGCGAGCGAGGCGCGCAGCUGUCCGGCGGGCAAAAGCAGAGGAUCGCGAUCGCGAGAGCGAUCCUGAAGCAGCCCAAGAUCGUGCUUUUGGACGAGGCGACUAGCGCGUUAGACUCCGAAUCAGAGCGGGUCGUGCAAGAAGCUCUGGAUCAGAUUAUGGUGAACAGAUCCACCAUUGUUGUGGCUCAUCGGCUGAAGACGAUUAUGGGAUCGGACAUCAUCGCAGUUGUGAAGAAUGGAGUGAUUUGUGAAGAGGGGAAGCAUGAGGACCUGAUGAGCAAUUCUAAUGGAGUCUAUGCUUCUUUGGUUGCUCUUCACAAUUCUUGAUGAUCGAUCAUCUUUAAGCUUCGAUUUCGUCGUUUAAGGUAAUUACCUGUGAGUCUGAUUAGAGUUUUUUUCUCCAUUAAUAAUCAAUUUGUCGA